GGCAUAGAUUAGUUUCUGUUCUUGUAAAAUAACUUGACAUCAUGUCAAGUUUGAUUUUAUACAGAACUUGGGUUCAACUACUUUGUGGGCUCAAGUAAACUUGACUAACGUAAACGCCACUUUACCGCUGGUCGUGUGUAAACCUCAACAUGAUGACAAAAGUUUUGAUCUUUGAAAGAAAACAGCUGUAGAUUAAGAAUUUUUGAGGUUAGAAAAUGAUAGCAAGGACAAACGUAUACCUAGUAGUCAUUAAAAAAGUUAACAGAACUGAGCUGUUGAGCGGAAGGCUAAUAUAAAUGUAAUUAUAUCAAUGUGGUCUGAAUAGUUGAAACUAAAACAAUUUAUAAUUUGAAAAAAAUUGUUGUGUAGCCUUUUCAUCUUUUUUUUAGUUAUUUUUCUAGCUUGUUAGAAGACUAAAAAUGUCUUCAGAAAAAUCUAGUCCAAUAAAAUAUUUUCUUUCGGGUGGUUUUGGUGGAGUAUGUACUGUUAUAGCUGGCCACCCUCUUGAUACAAUAAAGGUGAGGUUACAAACGAUGCCGAAACCUGCGCCGGGUAUGCCUCCUCUGUUCACUGGCACUUUGGACUGUGCGAAGAAGACUAUUUCCAAGGAAGGAGUCACUGGAUUGUACAAAGGAAUGGGGGCUCCGAUAGCGGGAGUGGCGCCUAUAUUUGCGAUGAGCUUCUUUGGCUUCGGAGUGGGUAAAAGGAUUCUGCAGUACGGCAGAGGAGAGGAUGUCUCACUCACUCCGCUCGAGCUUUUCUACGCGGGUGCCUUUUCAGGCAUAUUCACCACCACAAUCAUGGCCCCUGGCGAACGCAUCAAGUGCCUUCUACAGAUCCAAGGCGGAGUGACGGAAGCGAAGUACAGCGGGCCGGUGGACGUGGUGAAGCAGCUGUACCGUGAGGGGGGCAUGCGCAGCAUCUACAAGGGCACUUGCGCCACGCUGCUGCGAGACGUGCCGGCCAGUGGCAUGUACUUCAUGACCUACGAGUGGCUGCAGAAGACGUUGGCCCCCGAGCCCGGCCAGCAGGACAAUCUCGGCCUCCUGCGCACCAUCUUCGCCGGCGGCAUGGCGGGCAUCUGCAACUGGCUCGUCGCCAUUCCCGCCGAUGUGCUCAAGAGUCGCCUGCAAACUGCUCCGGAAGGCACUUACCCAAACGGACUGCGGGACGUGUUAGCGAAACUGCGCCGCGAGGAGGGACUCAGCGCACUCUACCGCGGCUGCACCCCCGUCAUGCUGCGAGCCUUCCCCGCCAACGCCGCCUGCUUCCUCGGCUUCGAGGCGGCCAUCAAGUUCCUCAAUUUUGUCGCGCCCAAUCUCUAGUUCUUCGCGAUCACACAUUGUUGCGGUGAAGGUUACGGAUCUGGUGAAUGGUGUCCCAAACUUGUACGAUCUAGCACCGAAUCUGGUGCUUCGGUGUGACGAACCAACUGAAUUCUUCCCAAACUGUAUCUGAGUAGAUGAGAUUCUCAAUUCAUGCUAUUUUUCUUCACCAUAUUGGUGGUCCACGAGUUUUAAUGAUAUAUUGCAUUGGAAAGCGAAUCAUCAAAAUACCAUGUAACUUAAUAGCAAGAAUUUUAAUAGAAACUAUUUUUUCAAUGUUCAUGAAACUCGAUGUACAAAUCAAAUAUAACAGUAUUUUGUGUUGUAACUAUGAUUUCACAGGGUAUCACUCUUAUUUGUUCUAUAUCCAUCACAAAUUUAUAAAAAUACAUCAUAAAACUAUCAAUUUAUGAUUGGUAAGUGUAUUUAUAAAUUAAUCACAUUUGUGGAAUACCGAAUUGAACUGCAAUAGACACUACUAUGAAUUGAGCUUUAAUAUUUUACAAAAACUACGAACUCUUGUACGGUAUAUUUUUAGGUAAACUAAAUUCACUGCUGGUGAAAAGCUAGAGCCACCUUUUAUUUGAUAUUUCAAAUGAUAGCGCAACUAGACUGUAAUAAUCUUAGUAUAAAUAUGAAAUUUUGUAUUUGUAUAUUGCUUGUUAUAUAGCAACGCCGUUUUUUGUAAUUUGAAAACUAUUGAAAUUUAUUAGUAAUCAAGUGUUUGAAUCAGAGGAGCUAGGAGAAAUGAAAAUGCACACCGGUGAAUUUUAUUGCUUAUGGAUUUUUAAAUGAUAUAUAUUGUAUUAAUAAUUAUUAGGUAGAUGGUAAUUAGAAUAAAUUACUAGAUUAUAAGCAAAGCUAUCACAUUCGAAUGGUGAACGAAAUCGAUUUCAAGCGAUACUUUUUAAAUUCGAGAUCGAUUUAUGAACGAAAGAACGAUUACAAUGCAAUUUAUAAUAUCAAUAUGUUUUGCUCAUUUAGUUUUUAUAGGCGAUUAUAAUCUCAAUGCAAUUUAUUCAUUUUUUUGUAUAACAGAUUGAAUAAAAUUUCAUACAUAAUGAAUACUUGCUUCUUAACUAACUAGCUUCUUAAGUAAGUUAACGUCGAUGAUUAAUUCUUUUUAAUCAGUAUUUUUGAUGCUCAGGAAAGAUAGGUAGUUCUUCAGUAUUUAGCAGUUCUAAUCAUCAAGAUACCGUUGACCCCGGAAUUCCUUUUAUAGGGUUUUCCCAUGUUAAGCUUUGCUUGCAAUUGGAUUAUAUUGAUGAAUUAUUAAAAGCUAGUAUUAGUAUAACUACUCUACAAUGCAUACAAGUAACUAGCCUACAAUUGAAUUUGGAUUGUUUGUGUAUACAAGAAUCCAAACCUUGGAAAACAUUAAUUUUUUUAUCUUCAUCUGGGUACCCAAAAUUAACUGGCCAAUAAAUAUUGCAUUUCAUAAUUGAAGAAUUCAUUUACUUUGAUGCUUCUACGUUAUUUUUUCAUGUUAGUUUCAUUAAAAUUCCCAAAUCCAUGUUUCCAAGUAUUUUGAAAAUUAUUUUUCUUCUGUAACAGAAAACAUCAUUCAAUUAUCUAUGAUAAAAAUUAUAAGGUAUGGUACUAAUUGUUUAUAUUGUUUUGAAUUUAAAUUGUUGAAUUAUUUUGGCAAAUAAAUAUUCUAUUUAUUUAA